AUGGGUUCCUCCCUGAGCCGGGCGAUGGGCAAGAUCUUUGGCAACAAGGAGAUGCGCAUUCUGAUGCUUGGCCUCGACGCGGCGGGCAAAACGACCAUCCUGUACAAGCUCAAGCUCAACCAAUCCGUCACCACCAUCCCUACCGUCGGAUUCAACGUCGAAACCGUGCAGUAUAAGAACGUCAAGUUCAACGUGUGGGAUGUAGGUGGACAGGAUAAGAUCAGGCCGCUAUGGAGGCAUUACUACACGGGAACGCAGGGGUUGGUGUUUGUAGUGGACUCUCAGGAUCGGGACAGGGUGGAUGAGGCCAGGCAGGAACUGCAUAGGAUCAUUGGAGAUCGCGAGAUGCGGGAUUGUUUGUUGCUGGUGUUCGCGAACAAGCAGGAUCUGCCCGGGGCUAUGAGUCCCGCUGAGGUGACGGAGAAGUUGGGCCUGCAUAGGAUGCGAGAUCGAAGCUGGUUUGUUCACCCGAGCUGUGCGACCAGUGGCGAAGGGCUCUACGAAGGGUUGAGCUGGUUGAGCCAGAACGUUAGCACGACUAAGAGCUGA